CUGUAGUGCAUGCCCGCUGCUACUCUCAUGGGUCGCAAGAAUCAGAUGAAGAAUUUGAUGCUCGCUGGGUGACAUAUUUCAACAAGCCAGAUAUUGAUGCCUGGGAGCUCAGGAAAGGCAUAAACACCCUUGUGGGUUAUGACCUGGUUCCGGAACCAAAAAUCAUCGAUGCAGCUCUGAGGGCGUGCAGACGGUUAAAUGACUUUGCCAGUGCCGUCCGCAUCUUAGAAGUCGUAAAGGACAAGGCAGGACCUCACAAGGAAAUCUAUCCUUACGUUAUCCAGGAACUUAGACCAACUUUGAGUGAACUGGGCAUCUCCACUCCAGAGGAACUGGGCCUGGACAAAGCGUAAACCUUAUCGGU